UCAGUUUUUGUGAUUUUGUGAUCGUGGGUGCGUUGAGAAUUUAGUCCACGGUUAAAACAGACACGGGCUACUUUUUUAUUUAUUUAAAACCGAUAUGGAAUUAUUAUCAUUGUAAUUGUUCACACAAACGCACCGUACAAAACGGACACGCUUAGCACAUUUUUUUCUCUUUUCUUUUUUUUUUUUUUUUUUUGCUGGAAUCGUUUCACGGACAAAGCGGGAGUUUUACUGCUCUACAUUCCCGCGAUUUCCCGCUGCCGUUUCUCAUAAUUCUCAUAAAGAUGCCGAAAUUACAGUUUUCCGCCGGUUUUUGGUGCAUAAUAUUAGGUGCUUGCUACGCUCAAGAAUGUGGACGACCACCAUUAGUGGAGAGCAGGAUUGUGGGCGGGAAGGACGCCUUGCAUGGGGCGUGGCCAUGGCAGGUGGACAUACAGUCUAAUGGUCAUAUCUGUGGAGGCACCAUCAUCACACAGAACUGGGUCCUCUCUGCUGCUCAUUGUUUCCGAAAUCCCUACGACGUGAGUUCGUACAUCAUCUAUGCAGGCCGCUACCAGCUGAAUAGUGUCAACCCGCAUGAAAGUUCACAUCGUGUGAAGCGAGUGGUGAUUCCCUCGGGUUACGUGGAACCCUAUAAGGGGAACGAUUUGGCUCUGGUGCUCCUGUCGAGCCCGGUAACCUGGUCAGACUAUGUCCAACCCAUCUGCUUGCCCUCAUCAGACACCCUGUUCCCAGCCGGGAUGCAGUGCUACGUCACAGGCUGGGGAAACAUCCGAGAAGAUGUUGCUCUGCCAGGAGUCGGGACUUUGCAGGAGGUGGAGAUGCCAAUCAUCUCUCAGAAAGCUUGUCAGGAGAUGUACCAGCUAAAUCCGUCAGAGUCAGUGGACAUCCUGAGUGAUAUGAUCUGUGCUGGAUUCCAGUCGGGUGGCAAAGACUCCUGCCAGGGUGAUUCAGGAGGGCCCCUGCUUUGCCAGAUGAUAAAUGGGACCUGGGUUCAGGCCGGAGUGGUGAGUUUUGGAGUUGGCUGUGCUAAAGCCAAUCAGCCAGGUGUCUAUGCCAGACUGACCAGCUUCUCGAGUUUCAUCACCAGCACAGUUCCAGAGAUUCAGCUUUAUGGCUGUGCCAGUCAAAACUGGUCGAGGCGCGCGGCUGUGCUGAUCACUUUUCUGUCCAUUUUACUGCUGAUCACAUGAGAUGAAAAGGAAAUGACAAUGAAACUGAGAGAAUAUGAAAUGUUAACUUUAGGUCCAACUGGUCCUGACUAGUCAUAGUGGAAAAGUAAUUAAUAGUCAUGCACUAAAGCCAUAUUGAACAUGUAUUUUAAUCAAUCUUAAAAUUCACAUUUGCAUUAAAAUAUUUUUCAUUGUUUUCCAGCUUUUUAAAAUGGAAUUAUUAAUGAAAUAAACUUCUUUUGUAUUUAUAAUAAAUUAUACCUCACAGCACAAGGCCCCCACAGAGGCCCAUGUGGUUUUUAUCAAAA